UUACAUUUGGAUAACAAUCUCCAUUCAGCGUGGACAAGAAUAUUAUAGUAUACAUAUAUAUUUAGAAUAAAUCGGCCAGCAUACACAACUACAUGUGUGUGUGUUUACCAAUACACUCAAUACAUCCAAGAUUUACGGUGAAAACGGCAACGACGACAAAAACAACAAGAAGAAAUAGAACCAUUCCGGGCAAACACACGGAAAGAAAUGAAAGAUGGAAGAUAAAAACAAUUUGUUGAAUUAGAAUAAAACGAAUUUUAAUUGAAAAUCUCAUUUUUCAUAUGUUAAUUUAGAGAAUGGAUCAUUUUUGUGAAUUGAAUCGUAUAAGUUUCAUGCAGACUAGUUUCACGUUUCAAAAUCGAAUCACGAUUUUUCAAACAAAAUUUUAAAACAAAAGAAUAAAAUUCAAAUCCAGUCCAGUGCAAAUCAACAUAAAAAAAAAAGAAAAAUAAAAACUUUUUCUGUCAAUUAAUUCGUUGUCUAUCGAUAUCACUCGAAUAUGAAUUUAUCGGAAAAGUGUUGUCCAAUUAAUGUUGUGCUUUAGUGCUACUCAAGAAUGUAUUAUCAAAAAAUGAAAACAUUGUGAUGUGCAACGCGACGAUAGCAAUAACAAAUGCUUUGAAAUUUCAACAAUUUGACUAAGCAGAUGAAAAAAGACAUUGUGAAAAUUGCGGAAAAACAUCAUAAGCCGGAUGGGUCUAUAAAGAAGAGCCGGAUGAGAAUGGGAGAAUGAAUGAGAUCUUCAAAAAACGCCAUAAUGUAUUUUUUUUAAAUGAGUAGUAAGGAGAAAUCGGUUGUUUUUGCAAACAGUGACAACCAAUUGAAAACGAGUACAUGCACCAAGGAGUCAAUUAGAAUUUAUUGUCAAUUUGAAUGAUUAAUACAACAGCAACGGUACAAAUUACACAAUUUAAAUAGCGAUACAAUAUUUUGCUCAACAAAAGGAGAGAAUACAAGACAAUUUUAAUACGGAUCACGUGAAACUACAAGGAAUUCAUUAAAUAUGCGCUUCGUCUAUAGAAAUCGAAAACUUGCCUUAUUUGGCAUGUUUUUCCUAUUUGGAGCUAUGAUGAUAUUGAUUAAAUUCACUGAAUUUAGUCCAACAUGUUUGUUUAAGGAAGAUUCUCAACAAGGGCCAAUCAUGGUUCGCGAUCAGAAGUUCAUAUUGGGAAACGAUAAACAUUAUUAUCCAUACCAUCGGCAAAUGCCAUUAAUUUUCAUUGGCGGUGUUCCUCGUUCGGGUACAACUUUGAUGCGUGCCAUGCUUGAUGCCCAUCCAGAUGUCAGAUGUGGACAGGAAACGCGAGUCAUUCCGCGAAUAUUACAACUACGAUCUCACUGGUUAAAAUCGGAGAAGGAAAGUUUACGUUUAGAAGAAGCGGGUAUAACAAAAGAGGUGCUGAACAGUGCCAUAGCUCAGUUCUGCCUGGAAAUUAUUGCAAAGCACGGUGAUGCCGCACAAAGACUAUGCAACAAAGAUCCACUCACACUUAAAAUGGGUUCUUACGUCAUUGAACUUUUUCCAAACGCGAAAUUUUUAUUCAUGGUUAGAGAUGGACGCGCGACAGUAAACUCAAUUAUUUCACGUAAAGUUACAAUAACCGGUUUUGAUUUAACGAGCUAUCGUCAGUGCAUGACCAAAUGGAAUCAUGCCAUCGAGACAAUGCAUAAUCAAUGCAAAGAAAUUGGGGGCGAAAGAUGCAUGAUGGUCUACUAUGAACAACUCGUGCUACAUCCAGAAGAAUGGAUGCGAAAAAUUUUAAAAUUUUUGGACAUUCCGUGGAAUGACUCAGUUUUACAUCAUGAAGAGUUUAUCAAUAAACCGAACGGUGUAUCAUUGUCAAAAGUUGAGCGUUCAUCCGAUCAAGUCAUUAAGCCUGUUAAUUUAGAAGCUCUAUCCAAGUGGGUUGGUCACAUUCCAGAAGAUGUUGUACGUGAUAUGGCUGAUAUUGCACCGAUGCUAUCUGUUUUGGGCUAUGAUCCGUAUGCAAAUCCACCAGACUAUGGUAAAGCCGACUCUUGGGUGAAAAUAAACACUCUGAAGGUUAAGGCUGAUGAAAAACUUUGGCAAAAUCGUGCCAAUCAAAUAUUGCAGCGAAAUGAUUUUGCCGAUGAAACUUCGAAUUUAGAAGACACUGAUUCACCGGAUGGUGCUGGCCAAGGUGCAAAUAAUGAAGUUCACAGUCGACAUAAUAAUCCAGAUCUGGAACAAACAUGAUAUCAAAUCCAACGAAGAACACACAAAAAUUGAAUCAUUGAGCUCGUUAUUCAUGUAUUCUCAAAUGUCUUGCAAUAAUCGUUUAUUGAAUGGACAAGAACCAAAGAUUCGACAGCUAAGGUUCAAUUCUCUCUCUCUUUCUUUAUAUAUAUAUUCAUGUAUAUGUAUAGAACAAGCGAUCCAAAUUAAUUAUUUUGAAUCAAUGCAUUUUGGGACGAAUGUAAAUUUUUUUUUUUCUCGGACAAUUAACUUAAUUUAUUUUAGUUUACUUCAGAUAAUUUAUGAGAUAUUAAAAUGCCAGGAUAACAGAUUUGCAGCUUCUACAAUAUAUUAAUUAAUGUGAAUUUAUUUAUCAUGAACCGACCAUUUUUUGGAGUAUGAAUUAAAUUCGAUAACACUUUGAUUCAAUUAACUCUCAGCUGCACCCGUUUUUUUCCCGUGCCGAUGAGAAUCAGUAUAGUUUUGCAUUUAAAGCACAAAGUUUAAUGGCAUUUAAAACAUAGGACGAAAUUCGGUUGGUUCGUGAUUUUUUAUAUUAAAAUUUAUUUAUAAUUGAACUAUUUUUUCAAAAUGAAGAUGAACAAAAUGAAUUAGUUUCAAAUCAAAUCACUGUAAAUAUUUUCUGAAAAAUACUGCGUUUUUUCGAAAUCUAUAUAUAAAGAUAAAACAUAAAAGAAUCGAAAAAUAUAAGCAUGAUAUUUAUUUACUUAUUUUAAUGUGACAUUUAUUUAAGAAUUGGUAAAAAAAAGCAAACGAAAAUGGCGACAAACAUUUGACUGAAAUAAUAAAAAAUCAUAAUAUCAAAAUCCAUAAUUUGAGUAGAUAAAAAAUGGCCACUUAUUGCAUACCGUUUAAAAAGAAAGAGUUAAGUGAAAUGUGUUAAAUCUCUUAUUCCGUUUGUGCUCUGAACAAUUUUCAAAACAGUUUGAAUAUUCACCAAUACAAUAGUUUAGUUUGAUUUGAAAAAGCUUUAUCAGGGAUUGAUUGCAGUUUGAACAAAUAAUUUUUAAAUUUAUUUGGUUUCACUUUCAUAUGGAACUUAUGGGAAUCAAGAGUCCUCAAUAUUGAUUGCUGGACUAAAAUCGAAUUGAUGAUGACUGGUGAUGAUACUUAAUAACAGUGAUACGAUCGCGAAUUUAUUUGUUACAAAUACAUACUGCCCUACAAAAAAAAAACAAU